AAGUCCUUGAGAGCAUGCGGUUGCCGCAGCAGAAGAGGCGGACCGACUCGGACCCGGAGCGCAGUGCUUUUUGCGGGCAUGGCGGCUUUGUGGCGUUCGCUAAUCGGGGUGUCAGGGGUUUCCUGAUGCCAUCUGAUGCCGUUGACGCGACUCUGUCUUCUGGCACCGCACCCCUUAGCGUUCCGUCUCGCAUCCGCUAGCUGGGCCUGCAUGGAUUCCACAGCCAUAUAGUAUACUCUGCCUCUCGUACACCGAUUUUUGCUUGGCUGAACGAAUGUCCCGUCGUCCGUCACUGCACAAUCCGUACCCUCAGGCGGCUCUCCCAGACAUCUACUCGGAUUCCCGCUUGCACGGCCCUCAAGGUCCUGUUCGCCAUGUACGCGUUCCCGCUGCUGCCAGCCCAGGAGGAGGCGCGAUAUCUAAGAGCGAGGAUGGAACAAGAUGUGUAGUGGCUGGGCGAGAGUCCCUGCGCAUACUGCGCAUAUGCGAGCCAAAUGCUCCUGUCAAUCCCGAACAAAAGUAUGCCAUCGGUAUGGAAGGAUAUAGGAUCGAUUCCUCCAGGAACCUCUGGACCGGUAGCGGGCUGAAGAUUGAUAGUGUCAGUACAGAUGUAGUGUGGGCACAUGGAGCAUUCAAUAAUAAAAUCAUAACAAGUGCACGCAACGGCGAAAUAAUAAUGUGGGAUCUUCAAAAGUCUGGUCCUUCAAAAUAUGAACGUCGCGCUCGGCAACACGUUCGUUCGAUCCAUUCACUCGCCUAUUCACCUAUUCUUCAAUAUUAUUGCAUAACUGGCUCCGCAGAUGGUGAUCUCCGGGUGUGGGAUCUUCGCGACUUGACAGACUCCAUAAUGAAGGUUCAUCACCCUGCCUCUGUCCGUUCCGUGGUAUUUUCUCCGGUACAUUGGCAGCCGCGCCACGCAAUUACUGGCUUGGACAAUGGGAAUAUCUACCGGUGGGACCUAAACAUGGGCCAACGUGGACAGCUUGACCGGAUCCCACUCGCUCAUAACGGGCCGAUCCUAGCUCUGGAUUGGAUGUUGCCCUCAACAUACUCCACCAACUCCGGCCACCGCGCGACAGGCUCGUCCGGAGCUUCCCAGGGCGGCAACUGGUAUGCCGGUGUCGGCUCAGGGCUCUUCGACGAUCUCGGCUCCAACCCGGCUCCGGACGGCGACCCGCAAGGGAACGGGUGGCUCGCGAGCGGAGGCCUGGACCGCACGGUCAAGGUGUGGGACAUCACCGUUCCCAGCGGCGCCACGCACAUCCCGCGGAAGCCUGUCUACACCAUGCACACGUCCUUCCCCGUCAGACGCGUCGCGUGGCGGCCGGGCUGCGAGUGCGAGCUCGCCGUGACGUCCUACCUCGAGGGCUCCGCGAACAACCAGCCCAACCCCGCGCUCGACCUCAGCGACAGCGGCCCGACGGCGAGCCCGCGCAUCGGCAGCGCGGUCCCGCCCGUCCUCGCCGGGACAGAAGACAACAAGGUGCUGUACAGCAUGAUGGGGGACCCCGUGGAGCUCUGGGACGUCCGCAGAGGGUACAUCGCGAAGUGGACCGUGCGAGGGUCCGCCGCCGAGGGCGGCGUCACCGACAUUGUGUUCGCCGACUCUCACACACUCUGGGCGGAGCAUUUCUCUGGGGCGUUCUCCCAGCUCGACCUUCGCAUGUCUGUCAAGACUCUCGACGCGGUUCCACGCGCUUCGUUGUCGUGGGACGUGUCAGGGUCUCUAGCAUUCGUUGCUGACCGGCCUAAAAGAUGGGAGGUGCCUUACGAUGACAUCAACCCUGAGAAGCGGAUCCCAAAACGAAAGGCAAAAGCUCUUGGUGACAAACCUUAUAUGCCUGCUACACAGGUGGUCGGGAUGAUGGCCGGACACGGGUUGGAUAGUGAUGUCGUCAUGUUCGUACGGUUAGCUCAAGGAUAUCGACAUACUGGCGAUGAUAGGCCAAGUGUCUGCACGCACAACGCGGAGGUAGCACUAGAAGCAGGGAAGCCUGACGCUGCGCAGACUUGGUUGCUACUGUCCUCGCUACUGACAGACAUUGUUCCGGCUCAAGUGCCGACCCCAAUUUCUCAUGUCAUGCCUAUUCCCUUCAUCAGCCCCAGACUUCCGCACUCUGUGUCCGCGCCUGCGGCGGUCCCAACAAUGGGUCAACUUUUGCCCGAACAAUCCACGCGAUCGUUUUCUGCAGACGGCACGGGCACACUCAUGGGCGAUGAUUCGAGACUGUCCACCCCACCCUCGAGGCAUAGUACGAAGUCCAGAACCUACAGCUCUUCGACGCACUCAAUAACGAGUGUGGAAAAGGGGUAUCUUUCGCCCCUCCGAACCACCCCGGUGUCCUCGACUACGCCUUCACCCCACCGCCCAGCUACUCCGCUCCCUACGACACCCGUUUCUGUCUCAACCUCAGCGAUCUCGAGGAGAUCGUCUGCCACAGGCGCCACCAGCAACCUGGUACAGCCUCCCAUGCGGGCAAGGCUUGGCUCAUCGUACCGACGCCCGUCUCUCAGUGCGCAGACCUUCCAGCCUAGCAGCAGUACCGCGGACAUCGACCUGCGCAGCAGCCAUUCCAGCCUGAAGUACAUCGGAGAAGGCGUCCUGGAAGAUACAGACUCGGAAGAUGGCGGUGACGUUGGAGAGCCCGACGACCAACGCUCCGACGGCGGAAGCGACGUUGAGGCCCAACAGGCGCGCGAGGACGAGGACAGGCCUGGGCUGUCUAGGAGGCCUUCACGCCUCCCGGGCUCGUCCUACUGGCGAGAACGCAGCGCCAGCACGCAGCCGUCGCCGCUGUCCAGAGUCGCCGGCCAGCAGGACUGGACAGAGGACGAGCGUGACGAGGAGGACUCGCCUUCGCCUGCGUCCACCGACAACAGCGACCCGUCCUCGGGCGAGCACGACGGUGCGCCCGCGUACAGGCGGCAGGGGCGGCACGGGAGCAGCGUGAGCCGGUCGCGGCGGAGCAGCAUGCGGGGCACGCGGACCAAGGACCGCAGCCGCAGCGCGACGGUCGCGUCCCUGACGGUGUCGACGUCGCCCGCGCUCACGCCCGCGCGCGCGAAGCUCCUCAAGCAGGAGUCGCGCAGCAGCAUACGCACGGUGACUGCGACGCCGACGCCGACGUCGGCGCACAUGCCGGACAACGCGCACCCGUCCGCCGCGGGCGCCCCGCGCGACGGCAUCCGCAGGGUGUCGGGCUCGAGUAAGUACCCGGCCUCGAUCGCGUCCGCGGUCCUCCGCCAGGAGACCGGCCGCCCCGCGUCCGCGCUGUCGAGCAACAGGCGGUCGGGCGUGUUCUACGACGAGGACGCGCUCGUUUUGGAGAGGGAGCAGGGAGGGAGCAGGGCGGCGCAGUCGCUUGGCAACUCGCGGAUGGACCAGGAGUACAAGGAGUCGAUCCAACGGACGGAGGCGCGGCUAAGAGAGGUGGGAUGGAACGCACUGAGGGGGAUGUUAGAGGUUUUGGCGGACGAGGGUGAUGUCCAGAUGUGUGUCAUGUUGUCACUCGUCGUGCCGAAGGAGUUGAAGAUUGGCCCUAAACGAGCGUUACGGUUCAUUGAGAGCUAUGUUGAGCUACUCACGCGUAUGCGUCUGCACAGCAUAGCAGCAUAUAUUCGCAAGUAUGCAGAGGCAGAGGAUUUACGUAACCGAACGGCGGUUGAGACAACGAUCCACACCGUGUGCAGGAAGUGUAACAAGAACCUGCUGGGAGCACGCCCUAUGAGGCCUGAUUGGGAUGGCACAACAGUAGGCAGCUUUGCAUACUGCAAGUCUUGUUGUGUCCCUGUAACCACCUGUUCAAUAUGCCGACUUCCCGUCCGAGCCCUGCUCUUCACGUGCCCUGUUUGUAUGCACGGCGGACACCAGUCCUGUUACCAACAAUACUACCUCAGCCGCCCGCUUGUCCAGAUCUCCACUACAUCCGUAGCCGGGUCUGACCCCUCCAGCCAGUCCGACUCACCAGCAACGGACGCACCACGGCUUCGCCGCGCAGCGUCUAAGACCGGCGAUGGGGAGGGAUCGGAUGAUGGUGCGAGUACUAGGGACGGUGAAGAAGGCAGCCUUGCCAUUCGGUUUCCUGACAGUACGGAAGGCAAGCUGGUGCUGUCGGGAUACCCCUGCGCGGCAGGGUGUGGACACUACUGUUGGGCGACUAACGACCCUUUUUCGCAUGAAAAUACGGAAAGCGAGACGUGAUCACGUUCACGCAUUUUAAACCCGAACUCGGACCGAUAAAACAAAUUACAACCAAAUAUUUACAUGCAGAUAUACUGACAGGGCAUAGCAGCGGCGUAAAAGCCUCAUGACAACCCCAAAUUGCUGCGAAGCGCCGCAGAGCGAGGAGGCGACCUCAGCGGGCUCUUUGGCAUUGCCUGUUCGGGGACACCGAGCGGACUAAAGGGAUGCACCAUAUUCGCAUGGAAGUGCGCCUGGGUCGCACUACUGGUGUACAGCGAGAUCGGGGAGAGCACUCCGGGGGACGAGGUCAUCGCAGUAUCGGGAGAGAUGAUGUGCUCGUCUCCCGCAGGACUGUAGGGGCUCUCGAGCUGACUCUUAACAGAGACGUGUGAAUUUCUCUCUCUGCGCGGCGUGUGUGGGUCUUCGACGUCGUGCACGUCGGUGACAGUCGUGAUGGGCGGGACCUUGACGCCCUUGUCUGAGACUGGGUCAGAGUCCGGGCUGCUGACUUGCUUGAACAUCUCGCUCCUGUCGUCUUCGGCGACUGUCUCAUCGAUCUUCUCUACUAUGGGGAACUCUGGGAUGUCAGCCAUGAAUGAAGCAUCUGAAUGGCCGGCCUCGGAAUCAUGGUCCUCGGGGUCCAUUGUGAAACGCUUCGUGAUGACGCUAUGUCGAGGGAGCACUCGGCGAGUAAAGAGGAAUAAGGAGACGUUGAUCAAUCCUGACAGAAGAUAGAUGCUGUCAGUGAAUAUUGUAGCGCCAAAGGAGAUGUUAGCACCAGACCACUCAGCGAAUCUGCAGAUGGCAAUGGGUAAGAUAAUGCACGUAUAGGCGAUCGGGUACAAGAGCAUCUGCUUCGCUACUGUGACAGUCUGGUCGUCGGCACUCAAGCCGCGAGCAGAGUCUGUGCUGUGACGAGUGCGGAACCGCCACCGCCACCCAGCGACAAGUAUGUUUCCUCGGAUUUUCAGGAAGAUGAGGGUGUAGAGCACGAAACUGAGGAACGCCGAAAUGAACAUAAACAUGUAAUCCAAGGCGAUUCGAGCGCCGGGAUAUUGAUUUGCGAUCCAGCACCAGUAGCCCGAAAUCCCGUAGAAUGGUCCGUUUCGCUUGACAUCCAGUGAUGCAGGGCCUAAGAAAACAAAUAGCGCGAUGGUAGACCAGCUGAAGACCAAAGUUGACACCAAGACGCAGCGGCGCAAGUUCCAAUGCAUGAACAACACCCCAAACGUGUGCAUAGCAAUAACAAGAGCCCAGAUCGCAGUGCCCACAUCAGCAAGCUGCUUAAUAGCUCCCUGUGCCUGGCAAAACGGCAUGUAACUUACGCCCUUCUCGGAGACCCACUUCGCAUUCAUUAGGGAGCCUAUAGCUUGCAGAAAGUCACAUAAGAGCAGCGAAACGAGGUACGCCGCUGCAUGGCUACGCACGAACAUGUGCGGAUUCACAGACUUGCGAGUGUUCCAUGCCGAAAUCGCGAUAGCGCUCAGCAGCCCUACAACGGCAACGGUGGAGAAACUUGAUAUCACCACAAGAAGCACAAGCCCAUUGGCCUCGUUACCCGGCACCGGCAUAAACACAAGGAAGUCAUCUCCAUUCGGCAGGCGGACGGUAGAAUUGCUCGUCAUAGCUCCUCGUCUUAUAGGUCGUCACAAACGAUCCGUCCCAGUCUUAGUCGUGAGCAGUUCGUAGAAAUGAGCCAAACGGUCGACCAGCGAAAGAUAACAAGGGCGAGGGGCCAGCCUCGGGGCGUAAAAGAGAAAGAAAA